AUGCCCAUCAAAUCGCCUCAAGCGCCGGUCGACGUCCCUCUCAUCGACCUCUGGACGUACUACCUGGAACAGCCCAAAAACUAUCCUGCCGACAAACCCAUCUUCGUCGACUGCGACACAGGCAGAUCCCACUCCCUGGCCCAAAUCAAACACCUCGCCCUCACCCUCGGCCAGGGCCUCAUCCACCGCCUGCAAUGGCGCAAAGGCGACGUCAUGGCCCUCUUCACGCCCAACAACAUCGACGUCCCCGUCCUCAACUUCGCCAUCCAGUGGGCCGGCGGCAUCUCCUGCCCCGCGAACCCGACGUACUCGGCCGAGGAGCUCGCCCAGCAGCUCGCCGACUCGGGCGCAAGGGCUCUCCUGACGCAGAAGCCGCUGCUGGAAACGGCGAGGAAGGCGGCCGCGCUGGCGGGCUUACCGGCGGAGAGCAUCUUGCUGCUCGGGGAUGGAAGGGAUGAGACGGGCGUGCAUAGGCAUUGGACGGAGGUUACGGCCGAGGGGGCGGGCGUCGUGCCGCAGAAGCCUGCUAUUGAUCCUAAGAAGGACCUGGCGUAUCUUGUGUACAGCUCGGGAACAACGGGCAUGCCCAAGGGCGUGAUGCUCAGCCACUACAACAUUGUCGCCCAGGCUCGCCAGGGAGAACAAGCGGACAUUAGAAUUGUCUCAUGGGAUUACGACGCCCAGCUAGGCGUCCUACCAUUCUUCCACAUCUAUG